AAUACUCCAUCGUAAUUAAUAAUUCUUAACAGAGCUUGUAUUGUUGCCUAUAUUUUUCUUCUGUUUGCCAAAAAAAUAUACACAUAUUGAAUCAAAAUUGUGGGGGCACGCUUUUUUUUUUUUUGCUUUUUUUUUGCUGGGGGCGCACCUCAGCCCCCGUGGCUCCGCCCCUGUUAGACUAUGAAAAUACCAACCAAUUCAAAAAUAUAUUUGGGCUAUGGUAAUAUAAUUCUUAAGCACCUUGACAGAUGGAAACAGAGGGAUUUUUUACGAAACUAUCUCUUCCUGAUCAGUAUCUAUGUACCUGUGCGUUACCUGUCUCUACCUGGCUACGUCAUCUGUGAAGCCGCAGGUGUUUCGGGGUGUGGCCUGAAUUAGCAGAAGUUUCCGUUUGGCUCAGAGAGGACAGUCUGAUCACUAAAGCGCUCUGGAUAGAGAUGAUCGACUGAGUUUAUCGUAAAAUAUAGGUCAGGGGAGCAGAUACUUUCAACUUUACUUUUUUGCGUUCAGGUUUUAUUUUAUUUUAUUGGUCAUUUUUGUUUUUCCCUGUAAACCCGGAGCCGGAGACGCUUCAUCAUGCGGAGGCUUCUUGUCACCGUCCUCCUGUUGACGCUUUUAAGAGAGUCCGUGUGCGUCCAGGUGGUUGUUUCUAUGGACCGGUACAGCACAGCUCUGUUUGCCUCAGUGACCCUCCGCUGUGACUACUCCACAUCUGCCAGUCUCCAGGAUGUUCUGGUCACAUGGAGGUUCAAGUCCUUCUGCAAAGACCCCGUGCUGGAUUACUACUCCACAGCGUACCAGGCCUCCCUGCAGCUGGGACAGGACCCUUCCAAUGACUGUCCGGACCGUCAAAGGACCAUACGGACUGUGGUCCAGAAGAGAGGAGGGAAUGAGGCCAUACUGGGUGGAGAAUACCAGAACCGCAAAAUAACUGUUCAAAACAAGGCAGACUUGGUGAUCAAUGAGGUGAUGUGGUGGGACAACGGCGUUUACCUUUGUUCUGUUGAUGCUGCUGGAGACACCGCCGGGAACAAUGUUCAGGAGGUCAAGCUCAUCGUUUACCAUUGGUUGACCGUCUUGUUCAUCAUCAUCGGCGCCCUCCUCCUGAUACUGCUGUUUUGCAUCUGCUGCUGCCAGUGCUGCCCACAGAAGUGCUGCUGCUACGUCCGCUGUCCCUGCUGCCCACAGAAAUGCUGCUGUCCUGAAAAAGCUGUGAUGGAGCAUCGUAUGUUGAAGGAGGCAAAACAAGCAUGGCAGCAUGGACAGCAAUAUGUGCCACUGAGCCAUGUUUCUUCUCAGAUGAACCCAAUGCUCUAUCCAGGAUCAGUUUCAGGGAAAAGCAUUCCUAUGAAGCCCAUGGCCCUGCCAGCCCCCCAGUCAGCUUACAGCUAUCCUGCCCCCAGUGUCCAAAGCAACCACACAGCUGGAAAUCAUAUGAUCGAUUACGUGGAGAACCAAGUCAGAGGGCUGGAUUUGACAAGUCCUCUACUGCAGGCCCAACCACCUCCACCCCCCCACAUGCAGCAGAUGCCACCACCUCCCCAACAAAUGCCCAUCAACAUUCCAUAUUCUCCCGGCCCCCCCAGCAUGAUCUCAGCUCUUGACGAACCUCCAAGGGAGCGUCGCAUUAUCACUCUACCACCAAUAAGGGAGCAGAACCCCGGAAGAGGCGCGCCUCCAGCACCCAAGACCCGCCCACCCAGCUCCAGUGAAAGCAGCCGCAGUGGCUACAGUCGACGAGACGAGAGAGCAGGAGCUGGCAGACGUUACCCCUCGCCAACCAGAUCUAGAGGACUUCCCCGGAGCUACAGCGAAGAGUCACUGGACGGGGGGAGCCGGGGGAGAUCACGAGCGGGCAUGGGCCCUCCCCGCUCCCGCUCAAGGGAUGACUUGUUUGACAACCGGUCUCGAGAUAACUACCCUCCUCCAUCAGCCCGGCGCUCCCGAGGAUCCUUAAGCUCUGACGAUGGGUUCAGCAGCAGAGGAGGAAAACGGGGAGGUGGGGGCUGGACUGAGUACGAGCCCGGACAAAAACCAGGACCAAGAAGGAACGAUCCCUACUCUGACAAGAGCUCUCGCAGUGGCACCAGCAUCGUCAUCUGAGCCUUCCAGCUGUGCAACGCCCUGUGACCUUUGUUUUAGAGAACAUGCACAACCUAGAACCCUUGUUACCGUCUACUGGAGAAUGUUACACACUUUUAUCUUUUAAAGGGAGUAAUGUAAAUACUUUUUUCUAAGCCCUUUUGAAGGAUAAACAGUAAAAUAAUUCAACUUUAUUAGAAUGAGAGACUGACAAUUCAAGGAUUUACUGUUUUAUUUUUUGGGUGUCUGACAAAUUACAGGAUUACACGCCCUCUCCUGAUUUGUCUGAAAGUAUUCUGCACUUUUAAGAUGGCCGUGUAUCAUCUCUGUGUGGUUAAAGGCAUGAUGUUUAUUAUACAAAAGUUCAGGUCAUUUGUGUGUAACAAGGUUUUAGUUCAAGUGUAUAAGAUAAAGAAGUUGAGCUCAGGUUUUUUUUCUUCUUUUUAAAUGAACUGUUGCAUCAAAGCAAAUAAAGUAAUAGAAAAA